GUACCUAAUGGUUUCCCUCGAUUUGUUAGUUGUUAGAGAGUUUUAAUAUAGGCAAUGUAAUAAUGAAAACCCCAUUAAAAGUUUUUGAGGGAAUCGCAAACAUACAAAUUUUACAUUAGAGAAAAAUACAAACACUACUUUAUUUUUGAAGUCGGUUAACGUCGAUGAACCUAUGUCUUAUAAAGCAUAUCGUAUUCGGCUUAUCGGUAAGCAGCAUUUCUGAAGGCUAUAUAUUUGGACAAUUGAGUGGGAUGAUUUCGACAAUGUUGUCCAAAGACAGUGAUGUGUCCCUUACCCCGGAAGAAGUGUCUUGGAUGGCUUCAAUUCUAUUUAUCACAGGUGUAAUGGGAUCUAUGUUGUCUGCGCUGUUGGCCGAACGCUGUGGGAGAAAGAUGGCUAUCUCUUUAUUAAAUAUGCCACUAAUGAUCUACUGGAUUACUUUGUACUAUGCACAUGAAUUUAUCGUGUUCUUGUUGGCGAGAGCUAUGGCAGGCUUCUUUUUCGGCGGAGUCAUGUCCGUUAUAUUCUUGUCAGCAGCUGAGUAUACCAAUCCACAUGAACGAGCAAGCUAUUUGAUGCUAAUCACUAGCCUCGGCCCUUCUUUAGGGGGAUUUAUAGGGAACCUAUUAUUUACUAAAUUUCAUUGGAGAGUCGUGGCACUUUUUGGAAUAAUUCCAACAACCCUUGCCGCCUUGCAUCCAUUUUUCUGGAUAGAAAGUCCAUCUUGGCUGGCUUCGAAAGGACGCUUUGAGGAAUGUGAACGGAACUUUAGAAAACUGCAUGGUCAUGGCACCUCAGUUGAUAAUGAAUUAAAAUUACUAAUUGCAGUUGAAAAAAAGAAACAAAUUAUAAAUAUAAAUGGCAUAUCAGAAAUAGAGCCCGUAAUAAAAAGGCUAUUGCGGGCUGCAAGGCAGAAAUAUUUUUGGAAGGUGGGACUUUUAAUAUCAAUACUUUUAGCAACUAAAGCGGCAGUGGGCAAGGUGUCAUUGGGUAUUUAUAUAAAUACAAUAUUAAUAGAAACCGUAGGACGUGUCAAUGCUCUAUUGCUUAGUAUAAUUGAAGGCAGCCUUAUAGCAGGAUGUUGCCUCUCUUCUUUUUGCAUGCGCCAAAUGACUGUAAGAGGAUUGUUAUUUUUUUCUGGGUAUGCUUGUGUCGCAACUAUGAUGACAUUAAGCAUAUGUAUCGCAUUUACUUUAAAAGAGGAUAUUUUGUGGCAAUGGGUUAAAGUUGCUCUACUCGCGAUAUAUUUUUUUAUAAUACACAUGGGUAUAUUUCCUAUAUGCGAGUCCUUGCCGACAGAAGUGUUUCCUUUGGACAUCAAAGAUGUUUGCACAUUUUUAUUCAGCAUAGUUGGAGCAGUCAUCAUGUUCACGUCUAUCAAGGUAUUGCCUAGCAUGAUGAACUUAAUUGGUUUUCAGGGUAUUUUCGCAUUAAAUGCAGGCAUAAUUUUAUUAACGUUAUUGUACCUUUGGCGUUUCUUGCCGGAAACUAAAGGAAGGACAUUACAAGAAAUUGAACUCUAUUUUAAAAACGGCCAAUUUUGUAAUAUAAGCAACAUGCUACUUAGUGAAGAGCAAAAAUUAUCGUCAACCCAACCCUUGCAUUAGGGAGAAGGUACUUACUAGUCCAGCAAGAAACAUAAUAAAACCAUUUGUGAUAAGUCUAGGUAUUGUUCGCCUACACUGCUGGGCUACAGCACAAAAUAUUCACGUAGAUACGUACCCAUGGAGAUAAUGAUACCGGAUAGACGACCUCGGGCCUUGAUUCCUAACAGUGGUCGUGGAGGGUGCAUCCGGGAAAGAGUACAUGUACAGAUCUACGUAGGUACUAAGUACUUGUUGUGCCAGGGAUUUUCGAGAAAGUAGUAGUAAAGCAGUACAAUUAGCAGAGUUAAACUUGGUACAAUCGAAUUACUUAUUUAAAAUUCAGAUUAAA